AUGGCGCUGGUGAUGCUGCAGGACUGGUGAAGCUGGAAAGGCUUGAAUGCACAGCACUCCCUGCUCAUCCUGGCCAUCCCGGACGACUGCAAGGACCAGGAGUUCCAGGAGGCCGUGCGGGAUGGCCUGUGGCCCCUGGGCAGACCCUUUUCUGGGUCAGAAGAGCCACGCUGUGGAAGAGAGUCUUUUGAGAGCUGGCUGGACCAUGCCAAUGACAUGCUGUACCUGUGGCGCCACAUAUCGGAACGGGAGAGGAGGAGGAGGCUGGUGGAGAGCUUGGGUGGCCCCGCGCUGGAUAUCAUGUGCGGCCUCCUGGAUGAAAAUCCCGACAUCCCUGCACAGGACUGCCUGGCCGUGCUGGUGCAAGCGUUUGGUAACAAGGACGCCCGGAUGACGGCACGGCUGAAGUUCCUGACUUGUGCCCAGAGGCCCCAGGAGACUCUCUUUGCCUACGUGAUGCGCCUGGAGGGCCUGCUGCAGGCGGCCAUGGUGAAGGGGGCCAUCUAGGCCGCCAUUGCAGACCAGCUGCGCGCCAGGCAGGUGAUGAUGUGGGCCCGCCCCAAUGAGACGCUCCAGAACAAGCUGAGGAGGAUGCAUCUGGAGAGGAGACCACCUGGCUUCCUGGGGAUGCUGCAGCUCAUUCGGGAGACUGAGGCGUGGGAGGCCGCCCCAGGUAUAAGUGAGCAGUUCCAAGUGGAAGAAGGGGCCCAUGUGGACACUGGAGACCUAGCCGCCUCCCAGGCUGCCCCGGCCCAUGAAUAUGGUGCCGAGGUCUCCCCAGCCAGUGAAGAUGCUGCCCGGGCUGCUUCUGACACCCGUGAUGCUGCCAGGGCAGCCCCUGCCCGUGAGGAGAACAGCAAGCCCUCCCCUGCCAUUCAGGAAGAUGAAAAUGCUCUUGCCCAUGCGGGCCUAGGUCAGACAGGACACUCAGAGGCCCCCGAGGGACCCACCCCGGCCCAGAUGGGCAGUGCUUCUGGGGUGGGAGACCAGGAGGCCAAGGAGCCCCCUGAGGAGGGGCUCAAGCCCAUCCAGGAGGAGCCGGGAAAAAAGCACGGGGCUGGGGAGAUGAGCCCCCCCAAGUCCUCCUUGGGCUAA